GUCCCCCACCGAGUCAUGUUGUGGUGUUGCUUCCAGAGGGCGGAGCAGGUUGUGGUGCAGUCAGGCAGGGGAGCGCGGAGUUGGCGGAGGGCUUUUGUUUUGCUCUGUACCCAGGAUUUUUCACCUUGCUGGCUGUUGUCACGCGGAGCUGGUGAGAGAGACAAUACCUGUGUGUGAUUCUGCACCAUUUUGCACACCGAUUUUUCUUUCCCAUGCAGACGAAUGAGGGAGAAACACUUGAAGAAAGCUGUCCCAAGAGAGAAGGAGCAAGAAAGGGAAGAACAGUUAAUGGAAGACAAGAAAAGGAAGAAAGAGGAUAAGAAAAAGAAAGACGCUGCUCAGAAGGUCACAGAACAAAAAACCAAAGUGCCCGAAGCGACAAAACCAAGUUCAAGCCAAGCGACGGCCGCCAGCCUACCUGGCAGUUCCCCCUCGCCACCAGUCAAUGGUGGCAACAAUGCCAAAAGGGUGGCAGUGCCGAACGGACAACCGCCCAGCACCGCCCGCUACAUGCCUCGGGAGGUGCCACCGCGAUUCCGCUGCCAGCAGGACCACAAAGUGUUACUGAAGCGUGGGCAGCCCCCUCCAGCAUCCUGUAUGCUGUUGGGGGGAGGAGCAGGAACUCCACCCUCCUCCACUGCACCAGGAGCAGGCCCAGGCAACGCACAGCCAGGGGCAGGAGCACUGCUGUCGGGGGAAAGCGGAACUGCAACAGAUACAUCGUCGGGGGCAGCUGCUACUUCAAGUUAUGCAAAUUCCACUUGGGGUUCAGGAGCCCACCCCAGCAGUGGCCCUACCACAAACCCUCCCCACGCCUGGGACAAAGUGAUUGUAGACGGGUCGGACAUGGAAGAAUGGCCGUGCAUAGCCAGCGUGGACACAGAGCCCCCUUCUGACAACGCCACAGACAACAGUGCCUCGAACCAAGCCUCGGAGAAGGGAUCCCUACAAGGAAGCGCCACUAACCACAAAGGAAGGGGGGGCCAGAGCCAACAUCAGCAGCCUGGCAAUGAAUGUAUCCAGGGGGUAUGGAAAGCUGACCCCAAGGCUAAGCCCGUCCCGUCUUCCAACCCUGCUACAGAGGGAGUUAAUAGACUGGGAAACUGGAGGAGCAUGGGUGGUUCUGAGAGAACAGGACCUGCCUCUGGUUUCAAUAACUUUAACCCAAAUACAAAUCCAGCUGCCUGGCCGGCCCUGGUUCAGGAGGGCAGCAGGAAAGGAAACCAAGAGUCAGAAGGCGGCUUUUCCAGUGCACAGCUUGGCUCUACAGGUCUAACUUCUAGGGAGCAGCAGUCAAAGAUGGAAAAUACGGGUGCUGGUUUUUCAGCCUCGGGCAGGGAGCCGGCCACAACCCACCACACUGAUGGACCAAAAAACGGAAACACUAACUCUACAAACUCAAAUACUUUAAACCCCCUUGAGAACAAGGGAACAGCCUUUGGGGUAGGGUCAGGGGAUGCUUGCCGGGGUUCAGAUCCCUCUGCUCAAAGCACUGGAGAUAGAAAAAUUGGAGCGAUGGCUUCUUGGGGGUCAAAUAGGGGGCAGCCUGUCCCAGGAGAUGCCAACUGUGGGCUCAGCAAUUCUGGAAAUAAUGGACGAGAGAGGGAGGACGCAAGGAAACUGUCUUCAUCUCAUAGGCCCAAUGGGUCCAGGGGAGAAUCUUGGGACUGUAAAAGUAGUGGAAAUGGUUCUUGGGGAUAUGGCCCACAAACUGAUCCCAGCGAGUUGAAAUGGGGUGAAGGAAACAAAUUGAUGGCUGGAGGGGUGUCUCAGGGAGAAUGGAAGCAGCCGUCUGGGCAUGAGGACUUAAAAGUUGGAGAAUGGGGUGGGCCGAGCCAAGGAAAUUCUAGCACUGGAGCAUGGGACAAUCAGAAGGGCCAUUCACUAUCGGAAAACCAGGGCAGCGCAUCAUCAGCGUCCUGCUGGGGCCGGGCCCCCAGCUCUGCAGGAAGUGAGGCAGGGGGACAAAGCACUGGAAGCAAUCCUAAGGCUGGGGGCAGUGGAGACAGUCUAAACUCUGGCAGUCGACGUUCACAUAGGUCUACUCUCCCAGACAGCCAAGCUGUUUUACAGUCCUUGCUUAAUCGGACAGACUUAGAUCCCCGAGUACUCUCCAACUCGGGCUGGGGGCAAACCCAGAUAAAGCAGGAUGCAUCAUGGGAGACUGAAGAAGCGAAAACUCGACCUGAAGGCAAAGCAGACCGUGGGACUGAAGGAUGGGAAAACACAUCACAAGCAAAGAGCUCAGGGGGCUGGAGUGAUACCCCCAGCCAAAGCAAUCAAAACAAGUCUGGUUGGGGAGAAUCUGCCCCUGUUCCAUCUGGUCAAGAAUGGAAGGACACUAAAGCAACUGGCUGGAAUGACUAUAAAAAUAGCGCAACUAGUUGGGGAGGGAGUGGAGGUAAUGGGGGUGGGGUUGGUGGACGACCAGAUGAAAAGGCAGGUCCUGGCUGGAACAAUGAUAAUGGUGCAUGUUCUGAGCAAGGAUGGGGUUCUCGGCAGCCUGCGCCUGGAAGUGGAUGGUCUGCUGGAAAAAAUGGAUGGGGGGGGAGCAACAGUGAGGACAUAGAGCCUUCCAAAGGCCCUGGGGGCUGGGAUGGCUCAGGAAACAAAGCUUCCACUGGCUGGGGGGAUGUAGGACAGAAUGAUGUUGGCUCUUGGAGUAAUGGGGCUAACUCAAACUCGGCAACUCGAACUAGUUGGGAAGAGAAUAAAAGGUCCCAAGGUGGAGGUAGUUGGGGGGACACAGCCAGGGCUCCAGUUUCUUGGAAUAAGCAGCAGGAAGCUACACAGGCUGCUCCAUCUUCUGGCUCCUGGGGUUCACAAGCUCCUCCACCUCCUGGAAAUGGUAGGCAGCCACCCACCCCUGGUUGGAAGGGUGGCCCUACACCAACAGUGUCCAAGGAUGAAGAACCAAGUGGCUGGGAGGAAUCAUCAACAUCAUCUAUUGGUCGUAAAAUAGACAUUGACGAUGGUACUGCAGCUUGGGGGGAUCCUAAUAGUUACAAUUACAAGAAUGUUAGCUUGUGGGACAAAAAUGCCCAAGGAACCCCUUCACAGAUGCCACGGGAGCAAGGAAUGCCUGGAUCUAUAGCCAGCAAAGGAGCACCUUCAGUUUGGGGCAAAAAUAAGGGUCCUCCAGCUGACAAUGGCACUGCAGCUUGGGGUGACCCGGCUGAACCUGCUCCUGGAUGGGGGGAAGCAGAAGAAACUGGACCUCCAACCCCAGGCUGGGGAAACGCACCCUCUGUAGCUCCCAGUGCCAUGAAAACUGGUACAAAAUCUAUGCAAGAUGGCUGGGGAGAGAGUGAAGCAUCGGUGACAGGGACACGUCACAGCAGUUGGGAUGAGGAAGAAGAGGGUGGUGUCUGGAACAGUGCAGGAUCUCAGGGAAGUGGCUCCUCCCACAACUCAGCAGGGUGGGGCCAAGGAGGAAAGAAACCACAGAUUAAGGGUUCCCUUAAAGGAGGGAACAGUGAUUCCUGGAUAAAUCCCUUGUCCAAGCAGUUCUCAAACAUGGGAUUACUGAGCCAAGUGGAUGACCCAUCUCCCAGUAAGAUGGACCACCCUGUUGGUGUCCUUCCAGAAAAGAAGUUUGAGGCAGACAAGAGGGGAGUUAAUCUCGGGGACUUUAAUGACAUGAUGCGGAAGGACCGGUCCAGUUUCCGUCUGCCCAAUUCCAAAGAGAUGGGAGCCGCAGACAGCGGGCCUUAUUUUGAGAAGCUGACUUUGCCUUUCUCCAAUCAAGACGGGUGCCUUGGGGACGAGGCUCCGUGCUCUCCCUUUUCUCCCUCCCCCAGCUACAAGCUAUCUCCCUCAAGCUCCUCGCUCCCUUCCGUGGGCCUGGGGGCUAUCGGUUCGGGCCUCAACCCCCAAACCUUCGCUGCUAGACAAGGUGGCAAUCACGGUCUGUUCGGGAACAGCGGUGCACAAUCCCGAGGCAUGCACAACCCUGUGCCAUCGCUCAACUCCUCUCCCAACCUCCGGGCACAAGUGCCUCCCCAGUUCCUCUCUCCACAGGUCUCUGCCUCUAUGCUGAAGCAAUUUCCAAACAGUAACAUGAACCCAGGACUGUUUAACAUGGGGCCUCAGCUCUCUCCUCAGCAGAUCGCCAUGCUCAGCCAACUCCCUCAAAUCCAGCAGUUUCAGCUGGCCUGCCAGCUUCUUCUGCAGCAGCAACAGCAGCAGCAGCAGCAGCUUCUCCAGAAUCAGAGGAAGAUUUCACAGGCUGUCAGGCAGCAACAAGAACAGCAGCAGUUGGCACGAAUGGUAAGUGCACUCCAACAGCAACAGCAGAGGCAGCCAGGAAUGAAGCACUCUCCUUCUCAUCCAGCUGUAUCCAAGUCUCAUCUGGAUCCUGUGGGGAUUUCUGAAAUGCAAUCCAAGGGGCACAUGCAAGGAUAUGGCUCUGGUUUCAGCUCCAGUGCAAUGGAUUAUGCAAAGGAAGCUGGGGACAGAAUCUCGUUCAAGCAGUGGACUUCGAUGAUGGAUGGGUUGCCUUCUCUCUCACAAGAUGUCAGUUUGCAUAAGAAUGGCUCUAUUGCUCCCCCUGCAAAGAAUCAUGGUGGCUCCCCAUAUAACCAGUUUGAUAUGAUGUCUGGAGAAUCUGUAGGAUUGCAUGGAGGGCCAACUGCUGAGAGUUGGCUACCAGCCAAAUCCCCUCCUUCUAGUAAAAUGGGAAGCAAAUCAAUUAAUACCAGCUGGCCACCAGAGUUUCAGCCUGGUGUGCCAUGGAAAGGAAUUCCGAAUAUUGACCCAGAAUCAGACCCUUAUGUUACCCCCGGUAGCGUGCUGGGGGGUCCAGCCCCAUCUCCCAUCGUAGAUACUGACCACCAGCUACUGCAGGACACCCCUACAGGGUCCAAUUCUUCCCUCAACACCUCGCUGCCUUCACCUGGUGCCUGGCCCUACAGUGCCUCUGAGAAUAUCCACAGCACUUCAGCACUCUCAGCAAAGUUUGGGGACUAUAAAUCCACCUGGUCACCAGACCCCAUUGGACACAAUCCAUCACAUCACUCAAACAAGAUGUGGAAGAACCAGAUGUCCAGAAAUAGCCCUGGGCUGCCUCGCCCCCCUCCAGGGCUCACCAACAAUCCCAAAGCCACCAAUUCUCCAUGGAACAGCACAGCCCCUCGCUCUGUAAGAGGAUGGGGUGGUCAGGACUCAAGGAUCACAUCUGGAUCUACCUGGAGUGAUGGCAGUUCUGUGCGUCCAAGUUACUGGCUGAUCCUUCUUAAUCUUACACCACAGAUCGACGGUUCCACCCUCCGGACGAUCUGCAUGCAGCAUGGCCCUCUCCUGACAUUCCAUCUCAACCUCACCCAGGGCACAGCUCUUAUCCGAUACAGCACCAAACAGGAGGCAGCCAAGGCCCAGAAUGCCCUGCACAUGUGCGUCCUGGGUAACACGACCAUCCUGGCGGAAUUUGCAACGGAUGAAGAGGUGAGCCGUUAUCUUGCACAAGCUCAGCCACCAACACCUUCUGCUCCUGGAGCAGGCUGGCAGCCAUUGGAAGUGGGACAGAACCAUAGGCCUGAACCGGUAGGGCCAGCCCUAAACCUUUUCGGAGGGACCACAGGGCUGGGACAGUGGAGCAGUGGUGGCGGUGGUAGUGACCUGCCAGGCGUGUCUCUUUGGGGUACUCCAAGUUACACAUCCAGCCUGUGGGGGGUGCCCAACACAGAGGAUGCCCACCGGAUGGGCAGCCCUGCCCCUUUGCUACCCGGUGAUCUUUUGGGAGGAGGGACCGACUCAAUAUGAACUUUGAACUUUCAACUCUGACCUCGUGACCUUUCAGAGCAGCACUAACUUGACCUUUUGUGUGUUUUUUUUUCUUCAAACUUGCAAUAAAUACAUUUUAACUAAAAAGAGAAAAAGAAAAACGAUGGUUAAAUCAGGUGGGUGCAAGUUAAGACUUUGAUCGCUAAUGUUACAAAAACCUGCGGUCGCUUUCAAGGAAGUUACAUUUUUUCUCUUUUGUUUUCCCCUUUUUACAUUUUUCUUUUUGUGCUUGCAAAUUCCUUCCUCCCCCUACUGGAGAUCAGAAGAAAUGGGGGAGGAGGGAUGCUGAAAACUUGGGUCUGGGGGAGGGAGAUGUAGAAAAUGAAAGAAAAACAAAAAAAUGGACAAAAAACACAUAUCAGUCUUGAAAUACUUGAAUAAUGAAAGCCAAUGUUGAAAGACAAUGUGAAUUUACAAAACCUACCAUUUAAGAGUCAUUUUGUGCUGGGGGGGUGGGGGGUGGGUAGGAAGCGCAGAGUGUUUUUUUUUUUUUUUUAAACCAUGGCAUUCGGGGACUGCUGAAAGCAAAUUAAGUUGGUGCAAAAAGUUCUUAUUUUACUAAAAAUGCAGGAAGGAGGGGCUAUUAAUGAAAUAAAAAAAUAGCAAGCCUGUUUGCUGCCAGAAUGGACUGCAACAUGUUGCACAUUAUAACUUUGAUGUUCAGACUGGUAGCAAAAUGUUUUAGUCAUUCACACAACUGUUUGUAUUCAGGGUAAGUGAGUGGGAAUACUUCUCUAACAUGCAUUUGUUUUACAUUUCAAGGCAACGUGUGGCAACACAGCUCAUGUUUCUUUUCCAGCUUGAUGUGGAGAGGAAAGAUAUUGAAGUGGUUAACAAAAAGUACAGUUCUAUCAGGCUGAUCUUGUAUACUGUGACUAUCAUACAUUUUUAUAUUGGCAGUCUGGCCAAUUCAUGUUAUUAACUGUGUGAGUCACACCUACACAAACCUAAGGUUAAUGUCCAAGAUCAUGCUUAGAGUGGUUUUUAGCUCUCUGCAGACCAAGCUUUUUAAGAUAAACGAGUCAGUGCAUUGGCAGACCAUUUCUAAACACUUGCUCUUUCCACCACUUGUUAGUUUUUGUUUUUUGAUAAAGCCCUUAUUUAGUUCCUCCUGAAUAUUGCAUUCAACGGUGCAUUAAAUCAGCAGGAUCUCCAUAUCCUCUUCGCUGUCAGAGGCCUAUAAAUUUUUAACAGAAGGGUUAUUGUCAGGUCCAAAAUUCUGAGAUCCAGAUAUCCUACUGGUGGCACUUAAAGAUUUUGAACGUCUUUGUUAUUUCAUGAAAUUAAAAAAUGUGUGUUAAAAUGCAGUUGGAAAAUGCAGCCUAGCAGACUCCAGAUAAUGCAAUUACAGCACUUGAUGCACAUGUAAAGCGCAAUCAGUCAGGGUUUGGGGUCAAAAGUCACUCUGUAGCAUUGGAAAUAUAGUUUAAUUAAUAGGCUUAAUUCACUUGUACUUUGAAGGUGCUGCAGACCUUGCUCUAUCUACCUGUGACAACAGCCUUUAUACCUACUCUAAGCUUUUGCUUUUAUUACUGCCUUAGCUAAAUUGUAAAUUGCAUUUGCUAUGCAUCCUGCCUCUCUAACUGGGCUGGGUCAAGCAACUUUGCCAUCAACAUAGUUUCCAACUUGCACUGACUUUUUUUUUUUUUUUAUUGCAAGGCCAUGGAACCAUUUCAAUGCAAGUUGUCCUUACAGCACUAACAAAAUGCACCAUGUGAGCUAAGCUUUAGAACAGUCUUACGGGUGGAGCUAUACUAAACAGAUUUGGACAUUCAAAACAGUUUUAAAUGGCUAAGGAAUGACGAUACCAGUUAGGUUAAUCUGCUGCUAAAUACUUUGCUCCUUUCAUAACAGGCAUAUUACCAAUCUGCACCUUUUUAAAAUUGCCAUUAAACUGUUUAAGUAAAAUACAAUUUUCAGAUAUUUUGCUUUUACUAUGAGUGUUAUCAUAAGGGUAAAUAAUAUAUUUUUAUUUUGUGUUUUUUGUGUAAAUGUCAUCCAAUCCUGUAAUACAAGUUUGCACUGGGUUCUAUUUUUCAUGGUGUGAUUUUUAUUUUUAUUUUCCUUAAAAAACAAAAACAUUCAUAUGACAUUGCACAUCUUUUUAGGAAUGUUUAAUUCUGACCUCUCCCUGCAUAUUGCCCCCAGCUUCCAGCCUGUUAGCUGCCUAAAGCAGUAUUCACUUUGGUUGUUUUCGUGUUAAACUGAAAAUUAGGUCUGUAUAAGUUUAUGUAUACGUGUCACACAAACCAGUGUACACAGUGGUCUGUUAAUAUUGAAGCCUACAAAACAGGUCAUUGUCCUGUUAAAAUGCACCUCUUGUCUACAUAUAAAUACAAACAUUUUGUCAGCUUAUCACAUAUUUAUGAAAAUGUCCUCGAACAGUUUAAUGGGAGCUGGUAAUUUUAGAGUCAAUCUAAAUAUGCAUCAUGGACAUAUUCUUUUAAAAAAUUUGCUGCAUAAUAAUGAUUGUAUUUUCACUACACAGAAUGGAUGCCAGUCACUGGUACUAUUUACUGGAUUAUUUGUAGGUGUUCCGUGAAUGAGAAAUUCCCCUAGAACAUAUAUAUAUUGCCCCUUCAUAGUUCUAGUAGUUCCAUAUACUUUUUUAAAUAUUUUUUUUUAUUUUUAUUAAUUUAAUGGCACAAGUGGUCAGUUAUAGCAUGCAUCAGAAUACAUUUCUUGUGUUAAUUUCUGUAAGCCUUUUACUAUAUUUAAGGCUGGAGUACAUUUAUGUUUCCACUGGUUGCUUACUUGUUUGUUUUUAUUUCCUACAACCAAUCCACGCAAAUUCCCUGCUACUUUACUGCAGUGUAUCCUAGAAUAUUGGUUUACUCAGUCAAUACUUCUGGCAGGAAUUUGGGUUUGGCAAUCUGUGCCACAUACAAAAAAAAAAAAAAA